AUCCGCAAUAAGCGUCUAGCUAAGCUCGCGAACUCCUCGCCAUCGGCGGAAACAAGCACUGAGCAGUCAUCCGCUCCCUCUACCCCUCAAGUCCCGGAGGCACCAUCGCAAUCACAGCCCAACAAAAGCACCACACCGUCCACAUCAAAACCAGAACAAGAAGAAUCAGAAGGGAAACGGAUCAAGAUAACGCCCGACGCCUCAUCACCUGCCCAGCAACCGCAAUCUAUAACCCCCGUCUCAAACACCCCGCCUCCCGCAAAAGCUCAAGACACUCUAGAAGCUUUCGAGGACCGGACAUUAAGCGCAGUGUUUAAACUCACAUUGGACGAGAAUCGAACGAAGGAUAUCCACGGGCAGAGAUUGACAUUUAUUCCUGGUGUGCGGGGUGAAUUACAGGACCAGAACCGGGGACUGCGGAUUGAUACCUCUGUUCUAGACCAGGCUCUUUUAGAGGCAGCAUCUAGUCAGCCAGAUGGGAAGCCUUUAGACUACCUGUUGCCAUGCUGGAAGCGGGUAUCGAGGCUGCACAAGGGGUUUCGGAAGGCCCGCGCCGAUGACCCCAAGUUCGAAGUGAUAUGUGAGGCUCGGCGCUUGUGUAUGAGCUACUCUGUGUUUGCUCUUACUAUGCCGGAGAUGUUUGGAGUUGAUCCAUCGGGACGGUCGCCUCUCAAACCCUAUCUCCUUCUAGACCCCGAAGAUGACAAGGGAGUUGAUCUUGAUUUCUUAAGCGAAUCUGUCAAGCGAUUUGAAGAGGAUGAUUCCAUCAAGCCUGCCUUUAUUGCAGCUGUUGAGGAAUUGAGUAGGGAACUUUCCUCGUUGGGGAUUGGCGACGACUACAAGCCAUAUGUAACGGUAUGUUUGCACCAGGCAUUGCGAAACCUUGUUCGGCACUCUGCCAUUGCUUCGGCCAUUACUGAGUCGCCUAUCUUCAAUGAGUCACGAGAUCCUGCCUCGUUUGAGAAGGAGACUCUUCUUGGACCGUGGUUUCGCCUAUCCCCCCUUCAAGGUAGCGCUACGAUGUCGUUUUUCUCGAGUCCCAAGACAAGGGACCAAGGUUACAUCUUGAACGCACAGCGAUCAAUCCGUAUGGUACAGGAAUUGCUUAGCUCUGAUCAUCUCGAUAUAGUCAACCAUAUGAUUCGAGCUUCGACAGAUGCAAGAAACAGAGUUCUCGACUGGUUUGGAACUGCUUUGAAUAUUAACCACAAACGGCGGGCAAUGCAGGUAGACCCAAAUACCGUAUCUUCUGAUGGCUUUAUGUUCAACCUUACCACAUGUAUGGACCACCUCUGCCAACCAUUUAUGGAUGCGAAUUUCACCAAGAUCGACAGGAUCGAUAUUGAGUAUCUACAUCGAAACCCUCGGGUUGACAUGAAAGAUGAGACUAAAAUAAAUGCCGACCAACAUGCUUCCGAUGCAUUUUAUGCAAAGCAGUCCGAAGGCACAUCGAAUUUCAUUACUGAAAUAUUCUUCCUGACGGUUGCUGCCCAUCAUUAUGGUAGCGAAUCCCUGACUUCUAAACUAGAAACGCUUGAGAAAGACCUGAGACACAUGGAAACUACCCUUGCUAAACUCGAGGCGGAGCGACAUAAAUGGUCGAGUAACCCGGUCCAGCUUAGGCUUUUUGAAACACAUUUGAAGAGGUUCAAGGACAAAGUGGACAUGGGCCUGGCUUUGAAGUACAGUCUUCAAGGUGUGCUGUUUGACGAUCAAUGGCAGUUUCGGUCUAUGACAUUCAUGCGUUAUGUUGUUGUUUGGCUGCUUAGGGUAGUUUCUGGCAAAAACUUCCCUAAAGAACAACUAACUUUGCCUCUUCCGCAAAAUCCUCCUGAAGUUUUCAAAUGUCUUCCUGAAUAUUUUCUGGAUGAUAUUGUCAGCAAUUUCAAAUUCAUCAUGUGGUGUAUGCCGCAGAUCAUUACCGCCACACAAGGUGAUGAGCUGGUUAUGCUUUGCAUCGCCUUUUUGGAGAGUUCGGAGUACAUCAAAAACCCUUACCUGAAGGCUGGCCUCGUUUCGAUCCUGUACCGAGGGACAUGGCCUCGCCCUGGUGGUGCUACGGGUGUCCUGGUUGACCUGUUGAACUCCAUGCCUUUUGCUAAUGAAUACUUGUUACACGCUUGUAUGAAGUUCUACAUUGAGGCCGAACACACGGGUGCCCACACCCAAUUCUAUGACAAAUUCAACAUUCGGUACGAGAUCUUCCAGAUUAUCAAAUGCGUCUGGCCAAAUACGCUCUACCGAGCAAAGCUUCUCAACCAAGCCAACCACCACCUGGAUUUCUUCGUUCAGUUUGUCAACCUACUCCUCAACGAUGUCACCUAUGUGCUCGACGAAUCGUUCGGUAGCUUCAAGACGAUCUACAACACACAGCUGGAGCUACGCACCGAAGGAGCUAACAUGGACCCUACCGUGCGCCAGGAGAAGGAGGAGCUUGUCUCACAGGCGCAACGCAGUGCCAAGUCGUACAUGCAGUUGACCAACGAGACCAUGGCCAUGCUUAAACUGUUCACGGAAGCCCUAGCAGAUGCUUUCACCAUGCCAGAAAUUGUCCAAAGACUGGCGGACAUGCUUGACUAUAACCUGGAUGCCAUGGUUGGACCCAAGAGUUCUAACCUGCGAGUCGAAAACUUGCAUGAAUACGGGUUCCGACCACGAGCUCUUUUGAGUGAGAUAGUGGAUGUGUACCUGAACUUGAUGGGCAAGCAAAAUUUUAUCGUCGCUGUUGCUCGAGAUGGGCGCUCUUACAAGCCCGCCAAUUUCGAAAAGGCUGCAGAGAUCCUGCGCAAGUGGUCUCUCAAAUCUCCCGAGGAGCUCAACCGUUGGGACCGACUCCUAUUGAAAGCCAAGCAGGCCAAGGAGGAAGACGAACAGGCAGAAGAGGAUCUUGGAGAGAUUCCAGACGAAUUCCUUGAUCCACUAAUGUACACCUUGAUGGAGGACCCCGUGAUUCUUCCUGCAUCGAGGAUGUCCCUUGACCGCUCUACCAUCCGUUCUCAUCUACUGAGCGAUCCACACGACCCUUUCAACCGAGUACCAUUGAAGAUGGAGGACGUUUUGCCUGAUACCGAGCUCAAGGCGAAGAUCGAGGACUUCAAGCGGCGAAAGAUUGCAGAGCGGCGAGGAGGACAGGGCCAGUCUUUGCAUAAGACAAUGGGCACAACACUUUCAUCCACCCUCAAUUCCCUACCCCCUCCGCAAGACUUCUUUCCUCCCACUCCUGAGGCAUAUGUAACUCUGCUCAACAUCUUCCAAUUCUUCCCUCUAUUCACAAUUAUCCAAUGGCUCACCUCCUGGCAUGGCGCGGGGAAAACUUCCUCCAAGAAUUCAUACUUCAAUAUCCCAGGGCGAAUUGCCUGGUUCGCCAUGGAGAUAGCAGGGCCUAUCAACCUGCUCUACAUUCUCUACCACCUCCCAGCCAAACUUAGCAUCCGAACCCUCCCCCUCCCAAACAAGCUAGUGGCUUCUCUCUAUCUCCUUCACUAUGUUAACAGGGCCAUUAUCUCACCAUUCGUCUCAGCGCCAAGCAUGUCGCCUAUUCAUGCCUUUGUUGCUAUCGCAGCCAUAUUCUUCAACUGGUUCAACUCCUCGUGCUUGGCUUGCUGGCUGGUGGGAUAUAACGUUACCACGAUCCCCGGAUACUACCCGCUCUCACAGGCCUCAAUCACAACGCCAGAGAAGGCCCUCGAAGAAAGUCUCGCCAGCACAGCAGGCACUUCCCUCCUCCUCCCAGUCACCGGCCUAGUUCUCUUCCUCGGCGGCAUGGCAGGAAACAUCUACGCAGAGCGAACUCUCUUCCGCCUCCGCCGCGAGCAAGCAGACACCAAACAGACCAGCAAAGACAACGAGACGUCAGACCUAGCAGACUCCGAUUAUUUCGCCAAGAAAAAGAACAAAUACCACAAAGUCUACGUCAUACCACCCUCCACCGGCCUUUUCAGCUCAAUCCUGUACCCGCACUAUGUCUGCGAGUGGAUCGAAUGGACCGGCUUUGCACUCGUAGGCACAACCGUCUUUCCAGCGCUCACCCCGCCAUCCAUAAUUCCCGACGUACUGAGCACGAGUACAGCUGGUGCGAUAACAGGUGGGCCGGCGCUCCGUCUUGCGCCCUGGCUGGUUCCUGCUGUGUGGCUUGCGGGAAAACUGAGGGUUCCCGUCUUGCCGUUGCCAGCGAUAGUGUUUGUUGUGAAUGCGGUUACGAAUAUGUUGCCGCAUGCGCGGUGGGGGAGGAAGUGGUAUGUCGAGAGGUUUGGGGAGGAGGAUGUUGGUGGACGAGGGGCGGUUGUGCCGUUUGUUUCUUGGAUGUAG